AUGAUCUUCGCCGCCCGUCAACUUCAGGAGAGGUGCCAGGAGAUGCGGACCCACCUCCACUCUACUUUCGUGGAUCUUACGAAUGCCCUUGACACGGUGAAUCGUGAAGAACUGUGGAAGAUCAUGCAGAAAUUCGGCUGUCCCGGACGAUUCACUCAAAUGGUGCAUCAGCUCCACGACGGCAUGAUGGCGCGAAUCACGGACAACGGAGCUGUCUCAGAGGCAUUAGCUUUGCCCAAAGGAGCGAAGCAGGGACGCGUCCUGUUGCCCACCCUUUUCAAUCUUAUGUUCUCUGCCAUGCUGAUAGACCUCCUUCGUGACGAACGUCCCGAGAUCCGCAUCGCCUACAGGACGGAAAGUCGGCUCCUGAAUCAACGGCGGAUGGACUUCCAAUCGCGCAUAUCCACAACCACUAUUCACCAACUGCGCCCUCAACAUCACCUCGGCGGAGGACAUGCAAAGAAGCGUAGUCCUCUUCUCCGCCGCCUGCGAGAACUUCGGUCUGGCCAUCAAUAUGGAGAAGACGAUGGUCGUGCACCAACUGCCACCCAACACAGCCUCUCCCCACAACGCGCCACAGAUCAACGUGAACGGAACGCAACUGAAAGUGGUGAACAACUUCUCGAACUUGGGCAGUACCCUCUACCGCAGCACGAACAUCGACGACGAAGACGCCCGCAGGAUUUCGAAGCCCAGUCAAGCAUUCGGCCGCCUCCAAAGCACACUUGGAAUCGCCGUGGUCUCCAACUGAGCACGAAGCUGAAGAUGUACAAGGCCGUCAUCCUGCCGACGCUGCUGUACGGAGCGGAGACUUGGACGGUGUACACGACGCAGGCACGCCGACUGAACCACUUUCACCUCAGUUUUCUUCACCGUAUUCUGAGGCUGAGCUGGCAGGGUCGAAUCCCCGAGACUGAUGUAUUGAAACGGACCAGAAUUCUCAGCAUCCACACCGUGCUGAGAAAAAUGCAGCUGCGUUGGAGCGCCCAUCUCGUGCGGAUGGACGACGAGAGGCUAUCCAAACGACUUUUAUAUGGAGACGUCGCCAAGGAGGUCAAAUUUGUCGACACAAGGAUACUCUGA